CGCUCCCGCGAGAGCUUGGAGAGGAGCUGUCGGCAGUGAGAUCAUGGGAGAGUCCACCACGCUGCUGGGAGAAAGUAGGUUAGCAGGGUAGACUGAGAGGAAAGAAAGCAGGCGGAGAGUCAGAGCGCAGAGGGGGGGUCCGAUCCGAUCACACCGCUCGUUCACCGUGGGACUAUUCUGUCAACAAAAAAAAAAGUUGAGCAAAAAAAUCUCUCCAGUUCGGCUACGAUGAGAUCCACAGCGACUUUCUGCACUCUUUUAUUGCUGCUCGGACUUGAAGGAGCGAUAGAGGAGAGGAGUUUCGACUAGUUUUUCUUUUUGCUUUUUACGAGAGCUGUCUGCAGCCGGGACAAAGUUAAUAUUUACAGAAACCCAGUUCACUCUGGCUCCAGGGGUUUAUUCUCCUCAGUCCUGUCAUUAGAACCACAUGUAGGGUGAGCGUGUUUUUAUCCUUCAACCAAGAGAAAGAAAAACAUCAAAAUGAGAGCUCAGAUCGAGGUCAUCCCCUGUAAGAUCUGCGGGGACAAGUCCUCAGGAAUCCACUAUGGAGUCAUCACCUGCGAAGGCUGCAAGGGUUUCUUCCGUCGCAGCCAGCAGAACAAUGCCAUGUACUCAUGUUCCCGUCAGAGGAACUGCCUGAUCGACCGAACUAACCGUAACCGCUGCCAGCACUGCCGCUUACAGAAGUGUCUGGCGUUGGGCAUGAGCAGAGACGCGGUCAAGUUUGGUCGUAUGUCCAAGAAGCAGCGCGACAGCCUCUAUGCUGAAGUGCAAAAACACCAGAAGUCCCAGGAGUGCGUAAGCUCGACAGGCGGGGGCGCUACCGCUCUGUCCUUACCCAAGGAGGACGGCGUCAGUGGGGAGGACAGUGAAGAGGGUCUGAGCCGAUCCUACAGUAGCGGGGGCUCCAGCUCCACCCUCAGCGACCUGGAUGACAUCGCGGCACUGCCCGACCUGUUCGACCUGCCGCUCACCCCCGAAGAGGCCAGCGAGUACUGCAGCCUGGAGCUGCUCGGCGGCGGAGCCAGCACCGGGAACACCUCCAACUCAUCUUCCGCUUCGUCCUCUUCUUCAUCCUUGUCCAAUCAGAAUUCCCCGCAGCAGACGAUGCCGGACGGGGCGGACGGCAACAGAAUCCAGCUCCUGCACACACACACUCACACGCUGCUGGGACAUACACACUCACUGCUGGACCAUCUGCCUGAUGACUGCUCAAUAACAGAACUGGAGCGCAUCACUCAGAGUAUCGUCAAGUCUCACUUGGAGACGUGUCAGUACAGCGCUGAAGACAUGAAGAGAUUCACCUGGGCACAAUACGCACCUGAGGAAACGCGUGCUUUUCAAAACAAGUCAGCUGAGUGGAUGUGGCAGCAGUGUGCACACCACAUCACCAACGCCAUUCAGUAUGUGGUGGAGUUUGCCAAACGCAUUGCUGGCUUCAUGGACCUGUGCCAGAAUGAUCAGAUUAUAUUGCUGAAAGCAGGCUGUUUGGAGGUCCUCCUCAUACGCAUGUGCCGAGCUUUCAACGUCAACAACAGCACCAUUUUCUUCAAUGGGAAGUUCGCCCCGGUUCAGUUCUUCAAAGCACUUGGUUGUGAUGACCUGGUCAGUGCAGUGUUUGACCUGGGAAAAGGACUCUGUCGUCUACAGCUGUCUGACGAAGAGAUGGCUCUGUUUAGCGCUGCCGUUCUUUUAUCACCUGAUCGACCCUGGCUAACAGAAGGCCAAAAGGUUCAGAAACUCCAGGAGAAAGUCUACCUGGCUAUUCAGCACAGUCUACACAAGAGCGGCGCUUCAGACGAGAAACUGGACAAGAUGGUGUCCAAGCUGCCCACAAUGAAGUCCAUCUGUAACCUCCACGUUGAUAAACUUGAGUUUUUCCGUUUGGUCCACCCAGAGAUCGCCUACAGUUUCCCACCACUGUACCGGGAAGUAUUUGGCAGCGAGAUGUCUCUGCCGGACUCCACCGACAGCUAGACAGACAGACAAGAGAGAUGGAGAGAGUUUAUUAAGAAGUAGGGAAGCAAAAAAAAAGGAGAGACAGAGAAGGAUAGAGAUGUUGAAGCUCGACAACCAGCAGUUACGAGACAAUCCAGGACUUUAAAUAUUCCGUCUCCCGUGAUCCCAAAGUAGUCCUCCACUUUCCCAGCAGGCAAAAGCACCUUACACUACAGACCACACAUGCUCAUGGUCCUCUGCAUAUUGUAGCAUUAAACAACAAGCGGAUGGGCGUUGUAAUAAUAAUAACAGCCCACUCGGCAUGAGACAGCUCCAAGCUCUAAGUUUAACAUCAGAUCCACUGUGGAUCACCCAACCAGUUAUGAAUGUACCUCAACGAUAAGCACCAGUGCACAAGCCAGAACCCAACAACAGUGAAUGUAGAAACCCUGCCACUCUGAGACAGAGUUUUACACAAAAGUAUUAGAAGGAAGUCGUGUUGAUCCACAGGUCUCACUAUAAUAAUAUUUCUCUCUAUAUUAAUACAUCUCAGUAUGGUACGCCCGCGUAUUCAUACAGACAAUAUCCUGACCAUCACUUAGGGACCAACAUCAUGAGUCAUUUUUCUCUGAUAUGAAAAGAAACACACAGAUAUGACAUAUGACUCACAACCUCUUUAAUCAGCUGAGAACCGGUUUCACACACACAUUUAGAUGGUGUUCGGUGCUGCCUUUUUUUGUAGGCUCUUGUAAUGCAAUGAGAAACCUCAGUCCCACGCACCCCUUUCCUUGUAAAUGCCACUUAGAGACAGGACAAGAUGAAAUUAUCUUUAAUUUAUAUACACAUUUAUAAACAAAAUAUUUUAAAUAAGAAUGUAAAUAGAUGACUAUAUAAGUAUAUGGAGAGAGUUAGAAUGUGCGAGUUCAGUUCAGAGAGAAAGCGAGAGAAAUAGUGAGAUGUGGAGAAAAAGAUGGAUGUUUGGACUCUGAAAUCGUUCUCUGGACUACUUCCUCUCCUGACAGUACUCUCAGGUAUCCAUGGCAACAAUCCCCUCUUGCCCUGACGACAAAACCCCAGCUGGGUUAGACGCGGUCAUCAUGCAAGCGACGGGGUGGACACUUGUUGCGGAUGCGACACAGCAGUGGGGGAGGACAGUGUACCCAAACAAAGGCGAAAAAAUCGUUGUGUUUGCAUUUAAACUGAGAGCUUUCAGUCUGCCUAAAGAGACAAGAGGACAAACAAGGACACUAAGGAACAGAGAACGCAAGGCAAAAGAUGACUUCAUGAACUGUAUAAUACAUUGGGAUACACAGGGUCUCCCCGCCUGUUUCUAACCAGCAGUCAGUACAGUCGGUGUAGUAUAACUGUCUUUCACUCAUACCGUUUCAGUUGGUUAAAAGCCGGAACGACGGCGAUCCAUACUAUGUAUCAUAAACCCUCCUUUGCUGGUUGGAGCAACUGUAUUAUUUUGUACAUUUGCUGUUCCUCUCUCUCCUGUAGUCCCUAACCCAACACUUGUCCAAACACCAAGCACUUAUACUUUCCUCUUUCUCACUGGACACUAGUCUAAGGCCAGACAGAGCUACCAGCUGCCCCCCUGAGUUGGGCCUCAAUGCCAGUAAGACUUAAUAGUUUUCAGUCAAUCUGUUUUUUUUAUUCCAUAUCUGUCACACAAGGUCACCCAUAACUGUUUACAUUUUUCAUGUACAUAAAUAACACGCUCUCUGAAGGUUGUUAUAGCAUUGAGACAACGAUGAUGAUGAUGAUGAUGAUGAUGAUGAUGAUGAUGAUGAUGAUGAUGUCUUACUCGGGGUGCUGUGAAGUUCUCGAGCAGAGUCCGAGGACCUGCCGCCUACCGCUCAGGGAGCUAGCUGUGGUCUCUUGUCCCUUUAUUACCAGUGUCGUCUUUUAGCCUCGUGCUCCUCACACCUUUGCACCUAAGAUGAGACCCGUAACCAUAAUCACUGUGGACGUAAGUUCUAUUUUUUUGUGAAUGUUACUCACAAAGUGUCAAAAGCCCUUCCCAUUCUGUCCUAAUAUUGUGACAUCAAAUUUACAAGACAUAGGAAUUAUAAAAAAAGCAAACAAAUCAGUUAGCGUUAAAAAUGAAUUCAUUAUUAGGGUUUAAUGUUUCUUUUUGCUGUGAUUUUCAUUUAUUUGUCAGUCUUUUAUCCACCUUUUUCUUUAUGUGUCUCCACUUUUGUCUUGUAAAGUCAGUGAUCUAUUUUUUUUAAUUGAAGAAAGAUUAGGUACAAACAAAAAAACAAUAGUUUGUCACCCUUCUCUUUCCCUGUAUGACAAAAUGUACAAGAGGUAUAUUACUAGUCCAAGAGUAACUGAGUUACACAGCUCGAUAUAUAUUGUUGUCCAAUGGGAUACAUUAUAUGUGGUUUUAAGAAUGUAAUAAAUGGUUUCUUUUUCUUUUGAAA